ACUUGUUCUGCGGCGACGCCUGUGUCCCUGCUGUCUUCAUCGGGCUCCCCGGGGUUUGAUCCCCGGGGCCCUCGGCAGGCGUUGGUGAAGGGCCUGCGGGACGAACGUGUGCUUUUCCUCUUGUCCUCCACGACUUCAUAUCGCGACUUCGCAGACAGGGAGCGAGAGGACUGUCACGACUCCGCGCCGAGUGUCACCGGGCGGGGCCGCGGGAUCGGGGCUCCUCCAGCCCGCGGGAUGCGCGCACGAGCCCUUGCCUCCACUUCCUUGUUGCCGCUGUCACGACUGGAGCCGCCUCUCGCCGACAGCGAGGAGCGCGAGUGCAUCGGGCAGCACCCUUGCGGAGCCCACGGGCCGAGCGCCUCCGGGAAUGUGAGCCGCGUGGCCUGCACGCUCCUCUGGCCAUGGAUACAUCAUUUGAUGGUGCUGAGGUAACUGUCGUGAUGGAGGAAAUUGAGGAAGCCUAUUGUUAUACGUCCCCUGGGCCACCCAAGAAGAAGAAAAAGUACAAAAUACAUGGAGAAAAGGCCAAGAAACCCAGGUCUGCUUACCUUCUAUAUUAUUACGACAUCUACCUGAAAGUGCAGCAGGAGCUCCCCCACCUCCCUCAGUCUGAGAUCAAUAAGAAGAUUAGUGAGAGCUGGAGACUUCUCAGUGUGGCCGAGAGAAGUUACUACCUGGAGAAAGCCAAACUAGAGAAAGAAGGCUUGGAUCCUAAUUCUAAGCUCUCUACACUGACUGCUGUGGUUCCGGACAUCCCAGGCUUCCGCAAGAUCCUCCCCCGCUCAGAUUACAUCAUCAUCCCUAAGAACAGCCUGCAAGAAGACCGGAGCUACCCUCAGCUGGAGCUCUGUGUGGCCCAGAACCAGAUGUCCUCCAAAGGAACGCCUCUUGUGUCCAACACUGCCUCGGAGACAGUGGCCAGCCAUGCAGGCAUGGCAGAGCAGUGCCUGGCUGUGGAGGCCCUGACUGAAGAGGUGGGAGCCCUUGCCCAGCCAGGUGCUGUACAGGAGAUAACCACUUCAGAGAUCCUCAGCCAGGAUGUGCUUCUGGAAGAGGCUUCCCUGGAGGUAGGGGAGAGCCAGCAGCCCUACCAGACAAGCCUGGUAAUUGAAGAAACUUUAAUGAAUGGCUCAUCAGACCUCCCUACUAGAAGCCUGGCUGUGCCUCACUCCCAGGUUGGGGAGAGUGUGUCACUGGUAACAGUCAUGAGAGACUGCAGUGAGGGUGGCUCCUCUGCACCAGCCACACAGUUCAUCAUGUUGCCUCUACAAGCCUACUCAGUCGUGGAGAACCCCACCUCCAUCAAACUGACGACUACAUACACCCGCCGGGGCCAUGGAGCAUGCACCAGCCCAGGUUGCUCUUUCACAUAUGUCACCAGGCACAAACCACCUAAGUGCCCUACAUGUGGGAACUUCCUAGGAGGGAAGUGGAUCCCAAAGGAGAAGCCGGGCAAAGUCAGAGUGGAGUUGACUUCUGGUGUUUCCUCCAGAGGCUCUGUUGUUAAAAGAAGUCAACAGCCUGUCACUUCCAAGCAGAAUUCCCCUCAGGAGACUGCCUCCAAACUGACGCUGGAGAACUCGGCAGCUAUAAGCCAGCUCCUAAGUGUCGCUCCUCUAAGAGAAGUGGAUGAGGAGAACGAAUGGGAGGAAGUCAUCAUCUCAGAUGCUCAUUUUUUGGUCAGUGAAGCUUCUGGAAACCAUGGUCCAGCAGUCACAACAACGCCAGUCGUCAAGAGGAGUGUGCAGCCUGAGGCCACCUUGGGGACAGUGGAAAAUGGCAGUCCUGGAUCAGACGUACCACCAGCAGCUGAGGGGACCAGCACUACCAGUUUACUCCCUUCUAAAAAGCUUACAGGAGUUGACCUGCUCACCACUGGCCCCAGAGUCCCAGAACUUAAAGGCAGAGCUCGGGGCAAGCCCUCAUUACUGGCUGCAGCAAGACCCAUGCGAGCAAUUCUCCCAGCUCCAGCCAGCGUGGGGCGAGGCAGCAACACAGGACUGCCUAGGGCUAGGCAGGCCUUCCCCCUGAGUGAUAAGACUCCCUCUAUGAGGACUUGUGGCCUGAAGCCAAGCACACUGAAACAGCUGGGCCAGCCCAUCCAGCAGCCAUCCAACACUGGUGAGGUGAAGCUACCAAAUGGCCCAUCCCACAAGACAUCUCAGGUGAAAGUUGUGGAGGUCAAGCCUGAUCUGUUUCCUCCGUACAAGUACAGCUGUACUGUCACACUGGACUUGGGCCUGGCUACAUCACGAGGCCGGGGGAAGUGCAAGAAUCCCUCUUGUAGCUAUGUCUACACCAACCGGCACAAACCGCGAAUUUGUCCAAGUUGUGGUUUUAACCUUGCCAAAGACCGGACUGAGAAAACCAGCAAGGCUAUUGAGGUGAGCUCACCGCUCCCGGAUGUGUUGAGUGCCACAGAGCCCCUGAGUGCACCACAGAAGGAGAUCCAGCGCCAAUCCACUCUGCAGCUGCUACGCAAAGUCCUGCAGAUUCCUGAGAAUGAGUCAGAGCUGACUGAGGUCUUCGCCUUGAUUCAUGAGCUCAACAGCUCUCGACUCAUCCUGUCCAACGUGAGUGAGGAGACAGUCACCAUAGAGCAAACAUCUUGGUCGAAUUACUACGAGUCUCCAUCCACGCAGUGCCUUCUCUGUGGCAGCUCCUUAUUCAAAGGGGGACAGAACUCCCUGGCCGGGCCCCAGGAAUGUUGGCUGCUGACAGCUAGCCGGCUGCAGGUGGUGACUGCCCAGGUAAAGAUGUGUCUGAACCCUCAUUGUCUGGCCCUGCACAGCUUCAUGGACAUCUACACAGGUCUUUUUAAUGUGGGGAACAAACUGCUAGUGAGCCUGGACUUGCUUUUUGCCAUCCGAAACCAGAUCAAGCUGGGAGAGGACCCCCGAAUGUCCAUCAACGCGGUUCUGAAGUCAGUGCAGGAACAGACAGAGAAGACUUUGGCCUCAGAGGAGCUGAACCAGCUUCAAGAGCUGCUGUGCAAUGGCUACUGGGCUUUUGAGUGCCUCACUGUCCGAGACUACAAUGACAUGAUCUGUGGCAUCUGUGGUGUGGCUCCCAAAGUGGAACUGGCUCAGAGGAGUGAAGACAAUGUGCUGGCUCUGAAGAGUGUGGAGUUCACCUGGCCUGAGUACUUGGGCUCUAGUGAGGUAAACAUGGAGGACUUUUGGGCCACGAUGGAGACAGAGGUGAUUGAGCAGGUGGCAUUCCCCGCCAGCAUUCCGAUCACCAAGUUUGAUGCCUCUGUUAUUGCCCCCUUCUUCCCACCACUCAUGAGAGGAGCUGUGGUCGUCAACACUGAGAAAGACAAAAACCUGGAUGUACAGCCGGCACCUGGCAGUGGUAGUGCCUUGGUGAGGCUGCUCCAGGAGGGGACCUGCAAGCUUGAACGGAUUGGCUCCUACAGCAAGGAGGAGCUACGGCAACUGCUGGGCCAGUGUGGCAUCCCUUUUGGGGUCGAAGACUCCAAGGACCAGCUUUGCUUCUCCCUGUUGGCCCUCUACGAGUCUGUUCAGAAUGGAGCCAGAGCUAGCCAGCCCCCACCUCAUCUCACAGGGGGUAAAAUCUACAAAGUGUGCCCCCAUCAGGUGGUCUGUGGCUCUAAGUACCUUGUGCGGGGCGAGAGUGCCCGCGACCAUGUGGACCUGCUUGCCUCUUCCCGCCACUGGCCACCUGUCUACGUGGUCGAUAUGGCCACACCAGUGGCUCUAUGUGCUGAUCUCUGCUACCCAGAGCUGACCCAGCAGAUGUGGGGGAGGAACCAGGGCUGUUUCUCCAAUCCCACAGAGCCUCCUAUGAGCGUGUCCUGUCCAGAGCUCUUGGACCAGCACUAUACCGUGGACGUGACCGAGCCCGCGCACUCUGUCCAACACCCAGUCACCAAGACGGCCACACGACGCAUUGUCCAUGCGGGCGCUCAGCUUGGUCCUGGUGACCCCAGCGUUGGGCACCACUCCUUGACCCUGUGUCCUGAGCUGACCCCCUACACCACCAUCCUGGCCUCCAUUACAGAGAGCAAGCCACACAGUGUCCGCCAGCGACCUGUUGCCUUUGACAAUGCCACUCACUAUUACCUCUACAACCGCCUCAUUGACUUCCUCACCAGCCGUGAGAUUGUCAACCGGCAGAUCCAUGACAUCGUGCAGAGCUGCCAGCCUGGCGAGGUGGUCAUCCGAGAUACCCUCUAUCGUCUUGGGGUGGCUCAGAUCAAGACAGAGGCAGAGGAGGAGGGUGAGGAAGAGGAGGGGGCUGCAGUGGCAGAAUAA